UCAGAUUUACCUCACUCCCUGCGUCACGUGGUGCCCUCUGACGAGCGGGUGGGCGUGUCUUAAACGGUGGGGGUUUCAUUCAUAAAUACUUUUCGCUUUCUAGCCCACAUUAAAGUGCUCAUAGGAGAGUUUGGUGUAUUUUUUUCGGCUUGGCCCCUCCAGUCCUGCGUGGACCAGGCAGUCCGGGGAGGGGGACUCUCUAGUUUGCUUGGACCAUGAGCAAUGAGUCUACCGUCUGGAACAUCCUACCAGAAAACUCCACAGGGGUCCCGCUGGAAUCCGAGGGGCAGGAAGAUGGCUAUGUGCUGCUCCUGGUGAUCGCGUCCAUCCUCCUGGUAGGGACGCUGAUCUUCAUCUCUGUCUUCCUCAUCGCGUGCCGUCGCUUCUGCCGAGGAGGGCAAUUUUGCGUCAGGUCCGGCGAUGACCCAGAGAAAGCCAACACCUGCACGGAGGAGUCUCACCCCACCCACGAAAUCACCAUCAGGGUGGAUGAGUCAGACUGCCUGUCCAUGGCCAGCUCCCACGACCAGGAGACCGAGCGCUUCCUGUCCACCGGCCCCACCGGCCGCCGCGUCUCUUUCAACGAGGCCGCGCUCUUUGAUCACGGCAAGAAAACCCAGGAGAAAGGCCGCAGGUACACUCUGACCGAGGGCGACUUCCACCACCUGAAGAACGCUCGACUCACACACCUCAGCAUCCCUCCGCCGGCCCUUAAGAUCGUCACCAUCCAUGAGUGCGACUCGGCUGAAAACACCAUCACUAUGAAGGCGUGCCCCGCUGCAAAGUCAGCACUUUCCAUCUUCCAGCCGAUGCUGUGCCCCCUCCCACAAACAGCUCUGACAAGCUUGAGCGUCAACCCUAGCUGCGCCCUCCCCGGAGAUGCUCUCAACUCCGUGGUGGACUCAAGUUUCUGUGAGAAGCCCGCAGCUCUCGGCCCCAAGGAACCGAUCCCCAGCUCGAUUGAGAUGAUGGGAGCGGGGCCCCGGGGCAGAGGGAGCAGUGUCAGCGUCGGAGACGGCGUCGUGAUGGGAAACGGGGCCUCUCCGGCCCCCGCCGCCGCCGCCGGCAGCCCCAGGCCCGUGCUGCAGUUUCUCACUAAACUGCGGCGCCACGCCAGCCUGGAGGGGGCCAGUCCCUACUUCAAGAUAAAGAAAUGGAAGCUGGACAGCAGCCAGAGAGCCUCCAGCCUGGACACACGAGGCUCUCCCAAGAGGAGGCAGUUCCAGCGCCAGCGGGCCGCCAGCGAGAGCAUGGACCAGGACUACUACGACGCGCACCACAUAGACCUCAUCCAGUACAUCGCCCGCACCCAGGACGCGGCCUACGGCCCCCCCGGCCAGCCCGCCGCCCGCCUCGCCCCCCAGCCGGCCACACCCCCCCCCUCCCUCGGCAGGGUAGAGGUAGAGGUGGUGGUGGAGCCCAGCUGCGGCCAUUGUGGACCAGGGGUGAUUGGCCUUUCCCCUGAUCCCCAAGAGGAAGCCCUCUCCGCGGUAACGAGCGAAGGCGCCAAUCCCCCCGACCCCCUCCAGCCCCAGGAUCCCCUCUCCCUCUACCGAGACAUUUGGACUCUACGGGCCACCCUGGAACAGUUCGCGGCCUCAGACCAGAGCAGCAACAACGACCGGAGCUCGGUCUGCAGCGAUGCGGACAGCGUGUGCUCGCUGGGCGGGCGCGCCGACCCCGACAGAGGAGCGCUUCCCAGCGGGCCCUCCCAGGAUUUAGGGGACGAGGCGGAGAACGGGGAGGAAGAGAAGGACUUCUCGAUGCACGCCGAUGAGAAAUCGGAGCUCCCGGAGUCCAAAAAGAGGAACCGGGGCAGCACGUCAGAGUCGGAGCGGGGGGGUGGCGAUGCCGAACCGGGGACCCGUAAACUCAUGCAGAUGGACAGCGGCUACGCAUCCAUCGAGGUUCCGUCUCGAGGUCCGGAAGACUUUCGGCUCUUCGGCAACGGCAGCCCUAAAGACCGGACGGCCCACGAGAAGAGGCACCACUUCACCCACGCCGGCCGAAACGGAACCUUCGGGGAGAGCUUUGAGUCCUUUCUCUUCGAGGAGGAGCCCGAGGACGAGUCUUCGUUGGGGGCCAGCGGUGGGGCUUCCGUCCAGGCGGGCGCCGGGUCGCUGGGCUGGUCGCCGUACGGCCAGAUGCUGACCCCCCGGGAGGCGGCGCAGCCCCCCCCCCCGCCGCCCCCCCCCCCCCCGCCGCCGCCGGCCCCGCACCAGCGGGACUACAGCAUCGACGAGAAGACGGACGCGCUCUUCCACGAGUUCCUCCGCCACGACCCCCAGUUCGACCAGCAGGAGUCGCCCCGGAAGCACCGCUCCCGCGUCCACCUCCGCAAGCAGUGGCAGCGCCACAAGCAGUGGAGCGACCCCGGCGUCCGCCACCUCCACUCCUCCUUCGAGAGGCAGCGCACCCCCCUGCGCCGGGGCGACAGCGUCAACUACCCCCUGGACAGCAGCUACCACCGGACCCUGCCCCGCAUCGUCAGCGCGCCGGACGAGGAGGCCGGAGAGCCGGAGAAGAAUCAGGGUCAGUCUGCUACAGCCUCUGAGGGUCACACAUCUGCCCCUCUUCAACCCCCUCCUCCGUCUAUAUCUGAGAAAGAGGAGCCCUCAGAGGACAGCGGGCAGUCGGCCGGCCCACCCGGAGGCCCGGACUGUCCAGGCCGUGGCCCACAAACUAUAACAGCAGAGCUCACGGACAAACUGACCGCCGGCCUGGACGAGAGGCUGUACUCGGGCCUGCGCAGGACCCAGGACACGGCGGCGGACUGCGUGGCGGUGACGGCCACACACGGCCCUCCAGACCACAGCCCAGUGUAG